AUCUCCGCUUCCCUCUUCGUGUCUCGCUUGGCUCGGCGACGACCAGCGCUGGAUCCCUCGGGAGAGGCUCCUGAAUCCCGCUUACGGCAGGAGACCAGUGAGGCUGUGGCUGUGAACUCCAGAGAGGAGAAAGGGGCGUUGUUGGAUCGGGAUCUACCGACAUUUGGCCGGGACUCCAUUCUAGAGAAUUUGGAAAUCUUGGCUCAGUUGGAGAAGCAGCUUCCUGCACAAAGGGCCAAUCGAUUAAGGAGAAAUCAAACCGGUCAGCGGUGACGGUCAUCCCUGGCCUUGGCUCAGAAGGGAAACAAGUGACCCUGAGACCUCAUAACUGCAAAAUUAAAAGAUCUUCCCAGGUGUUGAUGUCAGGGCUGUUAAGCAAUUUCACCAGUCAUCAAGCAGACAAAGUCCCAGCAGGGAAACAACUGUGACUGAAGAUUUACCCACAAGUCCACUAUCAGUAGAUAGUGGAAAUUCGGCACAACCAGCAGCUGCAGGAAACUCUUGAAUCUCCCGACAGAAACAAGCAGCACUCCGAAAAAGUAUGGAAGACCCCAUGAAUGAGUGUGGGAAAUCCUUUACUCGCAGAUCCCUCCUUUUGACCCACAGGAAGGUCCAUGUGGGAAGUGGAUCCAGUCAAGGUUCGGAGGAUGAGAAAUACUCUGGAAAAGACUUCAAAGGUCUCAGAAGCUUCUCCAGACUGAAACCCUAUAAAUGUGAGAAAUGUGACUUACGCUUUGGUCAAAAGUCACACCUUCUUACACAUCAGAAAAUCCACACUGGAGAGAAACCUUAUCAAUGUCUGGAAUGCGGGAAUUUUUUCCGUGAAAAAGCCCAUCUUAGAAACCACGAGAGAAUUCACACUGGGGAGAAACCUUACAAGUGUUGGGAAUGUGGGAAGAGCUUUUCUCAGAAGUCAGGUCUUGGGCGCCAUGAGAAGUAUCAUGCAGGAAUCAAACCUUACAAAUGCUUUGAGUGUGGAAAAUGUUUCACUGAGAGCUCAUCACUUCAGAAACAUGACAAAACACACACAGGGGAGAAAAACGAAAAGUGCCUUGAAUGUGGGAAAUGUUUUACCUGGAAGUCAAACCUGGUGCAACAUCAGAGAAUUCACACUGGAGAUAAACCCCAUGAAUGCCCAGAAUGUGAGAUCUGUUUUAGGUAUUAUUCUGAACUUCAGAGACACCAGAAGAUGCACAAAGGGGACCUACCCUAUCAAUGUGGGGAGUGUGGGAAAAGUUUUCUUACACAAGGAGAGAGCCAGGAUCAUCAGAGAAUCCACACAGGGGAGAAACCCUACAAAUGUGGGGAGUGUGAGAAAUGCUUUUCCCGAAAACAACACCUUAGAAGGCAUCAGAAGGUCCACACGGGAGAGAAGCCAUACAGCUGCGUAGAAUGUGGAAAAUCUUUUGCUCAUAGAGAAACCCUUUCGAGGCAUCAUAUAACCCACACAGGGGAGAAGCCACAUCAAUGCAAUGAAUGUGGAAGAUAUUAUCGUACCUCAUCAACCCUUAGAAGACAUGUGAAAAUUCACACAGAGGAAAAAAAUUACAAAUGUUUAGAUUGUGGGAGAGCAUUUGCUCAUUCAUCUUCCCUUAGAGUUCACAGCCGAAUCCAUACAGGAGAGAAACCCCACAAAUGCCCAGAGUGCGAUAAAUGUUUUUCACGGAAAGAUUCUCUUGUGAUGCAUCAACGAAUCCACAUUGGGGGGGGAAAUGUCUGGAAUAAUUCCUCAAGAGAAAAACCUCAAAGGGGCUUCUCUGUGCCGGGCUUCGUACAAGCUCACAAGAACACACUGGAGCAGGAGGGGCAGCCCCGCUUCCACCGUGCAGGGGAACCGUCUUUCCAUGGGCAGAGGAACCCUUUACACCUACGCCCAUCGGAGGAACAGGGCAGAAUCGGUGCUGGAUCCUCUGGAGAGCUUUCUGGAUUACGCUCGCGUCAGGUGGGGCUGCUCUCCCUCCGGCCUCCGGACCGCCCCUCCUCCCAGGAGAUCUUCCCCCCGCCAGGAGGAAGGGAGCUGCGGAUCCCGCUCUUCGGCUUGCCGGAGUUUCCUCGGGGAGAUCCGGCUCUGAAAAUCAAAGCAAGGCAGCAGCCAAGAGGAAGCAUGGAGCCUGGGAAGCUCUUGGAUCCCCCGUCAGACACAAGCAGCACUCCACAAAACAAAAAAAAAUCCAAUGAAUGCUCAGAGUGUGGGAAAUCCUUUACUCUCCAGUCCCUCCUUUUGACCCACAGGAAGAUCCAUGAGGGAAGCGGAUCCAGUCAAGGUUUGGAGGGCGAGAAUUCCAACUCUGGAAAAGACGCCAAAGAUCUCAGAAGCUCCUCCAGACUAAAGACCUAUAAAUGUGAGAAAUGUGACUUACGCUUUGGGCUAAAGUCAAGCCUUCGUACACAUCAGAAAAUCCACACUGGAGAGAAACCUUAUCAAUGUCUGGAAUGUGGGAAUUUUUUCCGUGAAAAAGCCACUCUCAGAGACCACGAGAUAAUUCACACAGGGGAGAAACCUUACAACUGUUGGGAAUGUGAGAAGAGCUUUUCUCAGAAGUCAAGUCUAAGGCGCCAUGAGAAGUAUCAUGCAGGAAUCAAACCUUACAAAUGCUUUGAGUGUGGAAAAUGUUUCACUGACAGCUCAACUCUUCGGAAACAUCAGAAAACACACACAGGGGAGAAAAACGAAAAGUGCCCAGUAUGUGGGAAAUGUUUUGCUGAUAAGUCAACCCUAAUUGUACAUCAGAGGCUUCACACGGGAGAGAGACCCUAUGAAUGCACAGAAUGUGAGAAACGAUAUGUAGGUUCUUCUCAACUUCGGAGACACCAGAUGAGUCACACAGGGGAGAAACCCUACAAAUGUGGAGAGUGUGGGAAAUCAUUUGAUCGCCAGUCCCGCCUUUUGACCCACAGGAAGGUCCAUGUGGGAAGCGGAUCCAGUCAAGGUUUAGAGGGGAAGAAAUCCUUCUCUGGAAAACUAACCAAAGAUCUCAGAAAGCCCCCAACACUAAAAACCUACAAAUGUGAGGAAUGUGACUUACACUUUGGGCUAAAGUCAAGCCUUCGUACACAUCAGAAAAUCCACACUGGAGAGAAGCCUUAUGAAUGUCUGGAAUGUGGGACAUUUUUCCGUGAAAAAAUCACUCUCAGAAACCAUGAGAGAAUCCACACAGGGGAGAAACCUUACAAAUGCUGGGAAUGUGGGAAGAGCUUUGCUCAGAACUCAAGUCUUUGGAUCCAUGCGAAGGUUCAUGCAGGAAUCAAAUCUUACAAAUGCUUGGAGUGUGGAAAAUGUUUCACACAGAGUUCAAGUCUUCGUAGUCAUGAGAAAACACACAAAGGGGAGAAAAAGGAAAAGUGCCUCGAAUGUGGGAAAUUUUUUACCUCGAAAUCAAACCUGGAGCGACAUCAAAAACUUCACACCGGAGAGAAACCCUAUGAAUGCCCAGAAUGUGAGAAACGCUUUGUGGAUUCUUGUGAACUCAAGACACACCAGAAAAGGCACAAAGAGGAGAAACCGUAUAAAUGUGGGGAGUGUGGGAAAAGUUUUAUUUUCCCAGGAGAGCUUCAAAUUCAUCAGAGAAUCCACACUGGGGAAAAACCAUACAAAUGUGAGGCGUGUGGGAAAUGCUUUUCCCAAAAACAACACCUUGGAAGCCAUCAGAGGCUCCACACAGGAGAGAAGCCAUACAGCUGCGUAGAAUGUGGGAAACGUUUCACUCAAAAGGGAGACCUUUGGAGACAUCAUAAAACCCACACAGGGGAAAAGCCACAUCAAUGCAAUGACUGUGGAAGAUUUUAUCGUACCUCAUCAGCCCUUAGAGCUCAUGUGAAAAUUCACACAGGGGAAAAAAACUACAAAUGUUUAGACUGCGGGAGAACAUUUUCCCAUUCAUGGUCCCUUAGAAGUCACAGCCGAAUCCAUACAGGAGAGAAACCCCACAAAUGCUCAGAGUGCGAGAAAUGUUUUUCACGGAAAGAUACUCUUGUGAUGCAUCAGCGAAUCCAUACUGGAGAAAAACCCUAUAAAUGUUUGGAGUGUGGGAAAUGUUUUGCCCAGCCUUCAGCACUUCGUGUGCACACUCGAAGUCACGCAGGAGAGUAGCCUCACAAGUGUGCAGUGUGUGAGAAACCUUUUCCUAUUUAAUCAAAGCUAAAAAUGUACCAGAAAGUCCAUAACAGAGAUAAAUCUCUUCAGUUGUGAACAAUGUUGGAAACAUUUUUUUAAAUGUUUAAACCAUUCAUCAGCAAUUUCACACAGUGACAGAAGGGAAAUCCUACAAUUGCUUGAUGUUGGGAGCGUGAGGGUUUUGUUCACAAAAUUGCAUGAGUAACUUACCCAAAAGACUUACGAGUGUUUAGGGAGUAUAUAUAAUGUUUUGCAGAGUAAAGAUAGUCCUAUUAUCCUAUUAUCUUUUUUUGGAACGGCAGAGGCUGCGCAUGGUGGGGCUGGGAGCGUGCUAACCUUGCCCUCUCCGAGUGCUAGACUCUGCCGUUCCCAUCGGCCCUGGCUUGCCCGGUCCGGCUGCAACCACGGGGAAGGACUGUCAGAGGCGAGAAGGGGCGCUUUUCAGCUAGGAAGGACAAUAGAGGGAAAGUCAAGCCAACCACUACCACCCCACUGCGUCCCGCCCUGGAUAUGGGGCCAGACUGUCAAAAAAAAGUGUCAAAAAAUCCCAAAUGUUCACCACCGUUUUGGAAGGCGUGGCUGGGUGGGGAGGUCAUGUGACUGAGUGCGUGAUUGAUGUCAAGUUGGCCACGCCCACUCAAUCAUCUCCCCCCCACCUAGCCACACCCAUAGAACUGGUAGUAAAAAAAAUUAGAACCCAGCUGAUACAGAUGCGUAGAAUGUGGAAAAUCUUUUGCUUAUAAGGACGGACUUUGGAGACAUCUUCAAACCCUUAUCUCAUCGUACCACAUCAGCCCUUAGAAGUCAUGUGCAAAUUCACACGGGGGAAAAUCUAGAAAUGUUUAGACUGUGGGAGAACAUUUGCUCAUUCUUCUUCUCUUAGAAGUCACAGCUGAAUCCAUACAGGAGAGAAACCCCAUAAAUGCUCGGAAUGCGAGAAAUGUUUUUCCCAGAAAGAUCGUCUUUUGAGGCAUCAGAGAAACCACACUGGGAAAGAACACCACAUAAAUGUAUGGAGUGUUUUGCCCAACCCUCAGCACUUCACAGGCGUAUCAGAAAUCACACUGGAGAGUGGUCUCAGAAGUGUGCAAAGGGUGAGAAAACGUUUCACACUUUGUGAAUCACAGCUAAUAAUGCAUCGGAAACUCCAUGGCAGAGAUAAACCCCUUCUGUCGUGAAAAAUGAGAGAUUUAUUUAUUUUAUUAGAUUUAUAAACCGCCCUUCUCCCGAAGGACUCAGGGCGGUGUACAGCCAAAGUAAAAAAGAAACAAUGUACAGUUAAAAGUAAAUUAAAAAACUUAUUAUACAGUGUGGCCGAAAUUAAAAUAGUUAAAAAUCUAAAAGACCCCAAAUUAAAACUAAAAGAAAUUUAAAAUUUAAAACUAGACAAUUUAAGAAAGCCCCGCACGAACAAACAGAUAUGUUUUCAGUUCGCGGCGAAAAGUCCGAAGGUCAGGUAUUUGACGUAAACCAGGGGGAAGUUCAUUCCAAAGAGUAGGGGCCCCCACAGAGAAGGAUCUUCCCCUGGGGGCCGCCAGCCGACCUUGUCUGGCGGACGGCACCCUGAGAAGACCCUCUCUGUGCGAGCGUACGGGUCGGUGGGAGGCAUGAGGUAACAGCAGGCGGUCCCGUAAGUACCAGGUCCCAAGCCAUCCUGAUUGUUUUUCAAAAGUCACACCGGAACUUCACACCGUGACAGAAGAGAAAUCCUACAAUUGUUGGUUUGGGAAAAAUAUUUUUUCUAGUCACAUAAGUUUACAUUUAAUCAGGGAGUACAUAAACAAAAGUGCACAAAUCUUGGGAGUGUUAGAAGGUUUGGCUCACAAAGCAGCAGCACUAGUAACUUACAGAGACGUUACACAAGAGAGAAGAGUUACAAGUGUUGGGGAGUGCAGAUUAUGUUUUGCAGAGCACAGCUAGUCCUCAACCUACGAUUGUAAUUGGGAACAGAUUCCUGGUCAUAGGUUUAUAUGAUCCUCCGUUGUAGUACACAUAUGACAGGAUCCAGGGAUGGGUUCUACUUACUUUUACUACCGGUUCGAAAUGGGAGCACGCGACCACGCACUUCUGCACAUGUGUAGAUCGCCCAUAAUUACAUCUGGGCGGGUGAUUGGAGCCUCCCGCCGCUUUUACUACUGGUUCACAAGAACCGGACCAAACCGGGAGCAACCCACCAAUGAUAGGAUCUGAUUUGAUGACAUUUUUUGUGGUCAAUAAGCAGUCCUAAGUAAAAAGCUAUUCUUCCAAAUUUGUGUUUUCUGCAAAAGAAUGGCAAAGGAGUUGCAAACUGUGAUCAUGGAACUGGUUGCAAAUUGUGAUCAUGGAACUGGUUGCAAAUUAAUGUAAUGUAAUGUUAUGAAACCUUUAUAAAUCUUGGAGGAUUUGCAAAAGGGAGUCAUUGUAUAAAGACAAUAAAUGUGACUCUGUCCACCCCUCUUGUAAAACACAACUCUGAAAAGGGGCUCCCAACCCUAAAGCCAAAAUCAAGAAAACCAAAACAAUCAGGCACCUGAGACACACCCACAAACGGACCCAAACUCUCAUUCUCCCAUCUCAGCCUGACCCUGUCCCAGAAACUGGGGGAAAACAGCUCUCUACAGGUGUCCAGAA